CAACUCAUGAGUAAUCUAUAAAUACCAUCCCUACCAUUCUCUUCUCUGACAACUCAAAACUUGAAAACUUCUCAGACACCAAUUCUCUUAUUACUCUUCUUUCCUUUCAUCAUUUCCCAAUUUAUAAUCUGAUAAUGGGUGUGUUCACUUACGAAACCGAGUUUACAUCCGUCAUCCCACCACCUAGAUUGUUCAAGGCUUUCAUCCUUGAUGCCGACAAUCUCAUCCCCAAGAUUGCUCCACAAGCAGUUAAGUGUGCUGAAAUCAUCGAAGGAGAUGGAGGAGUAGGAACCAUCAAGAAGAUCACCUUCGGUGAAGGCAGCCAGUUCGGCUCUGUGACCCACAAGAUCGAUGGGAUUGACAAAGACAACUUUGUCUACAGCUACAGUUUGGUCGAAGGAGAUGCCUUGUCCGACAAGAUUGAGAAGAUCUCUUAUGAGACCAAAUUGGUGGCAUCUUCCGAUGGAGGAUCCAUCAUCAAGAGCACCAGUAACUACCACACCAAAGGUGAUGUGGAGAUCAAGGAGGAACAUGUUAAGGCUGGAAAAGAGAAGGCGUCCCACCUCUUCAAGCUUGUCGAAGGCUACCUCUUGGCCAACCCCAAUGAAUACUGUUAAACUUAAUUGUUAUCAGUUCGCUGUCCAUUUGUUCUGCUGAUGUUCCCGUUGGAACAUUAAGCGAUUGAAUGUUGUAAUUUUCUAUGAAAUAAACAAGCUUUAAUCACAAUUUGGAAA